AUAAUAACGGAUACUUAUGUUACAAAAGCGGCGGUCUCGUUUAAUAGCACACAAUUCGCCUCAAGUGGCGGUCUUGUCGAAUUCUCUAUAAAUGCAAUGUGUAUGUUCGAGCUAUUAACGGGACAAUGUCAUGGGAUGGACAUGGACACUUAAAAUAAACUUUGCAGUUUUUAAGGGUCAUCCCAAACAAACUCUUGACUCAAAACAUAGAUUGUAUUGCAUUCUGUGAUGUGGCUGAUGAAACACUAUGGCUAGUCUAUCCGCUGUGUUCACUGAGAAGGAAAAGACGAACUGGUUGAAGGCUUGGCUUGCAGUUGAUAUUACAAAAUCUGGUUUAGAACAGUUUGUGGAGAACGGGGCUAAAACUUUACACACGAAUAUAUUCAACAAUGUCUGGUCGAUUAAUAUUUCGCAAGCUACGUGUUCAGGCUGUCAAAUUGCAAAUUUGCUGGAAUGCCCAACGAAAGGCGUAUGCAAUAAACAUGGAGCACAGAGUACAUGCACAUCUAUGCAUGAUAACGCGGCAAAACAACCACGACCAUGUCCUGCUAAUGUGUGUAAUAAAGUCCAUGACGAAAUUGUUAAGCAACAUAAAUUUAAAAAACCGUCGUGGAAAAAUACAAUAGCGCAGCAAUGGACAACAAAUCCAUGGCAAAUAGCCAAGGCUUAUUUUCCCCCAGACGGAUAUGCCGGACAGUGUUCAGUUCAAGAAACAGACUUCAACGGCAUCAUCAGCUUUAUGAUGAACUGCAAAGACUUUGACAACAAGUUUUCUUUUCCGAUUGCUACCGGAAAACACAAUGCUCCCUGUCUCCUGACUAAAGCGCGAGAAAUUGGCAGAAUUGUCCGCCAUUCGUCCCAGUGUAAAGUCACCGACGCAGAUCUCCAAGACAUCUUCACAACACUGACUAAGCUGCUUAGUGACCAAACAAGUCUAACACAUGACGUCACUGCACAGGAGGCUGUGAAGAAAUUAGCAGAGCUCCAAAAGGACACAUUAAAGAUAACCACGGAGGAAAUGAUGCAUUUACUACAGGCUUCUCAAGAUACACUAAAUAAAAUUCAAAAUAAAGCUGAUAAAUCUCAGAAUGAGAUGCAGACGUACCUUGAACAGUGCAAAACGGAUCUCAAUACCUACACGAACAAAUGUAAACAGGACCUUGAUGACCAAACUGCCAAAUGUACAAAGGCUAUAGAUGAACAUGCAAGCAGGACUCUGGAAUCGACAUAUGAGCAAUAUUGUGAAGAUUUUCGCGGGCAUUUAAUAGAGCAUUAUACGACGAGGAUGAACACUGUGUCUGUUUCGCCGCUGUUGGUGGGGCUUGACAAACCCAUCUUUGAUAUUUUCGUUCAACCGAAAAUAUGUUUUUACAAUAUUGAGAAGGAUGGAUCUCGAAAGAAAACAAACAAAACAAUUCAACAAUACAAGGACUUCUUUUACAGUGAUAAAAAGCUCAAACGUGUGUUUGUUCAAGGAGAACCCGGAAUAGGAAAGUCUACAUUCCUAACUAAACUUGUGCUUGACUGGUGCAAUGUAGUAUCAUUGCACAAUCAUGAUAACAAGGCUACAUUUAGUGAUAUUGAUACGUUAAAUGACUUCCAAUUUCUGUUUCACAUUUCACUACGAGAUGCAAUGAACGAGCGUGAUGUGGUAGAAAUGAUCAAAACACAAAUAAUCGACAGAAUUUACACGGUUGCUAAACAAACUAAAGCAUUUGAGCUUUUACAACAAAUCCUUGAACGAGAGACUUGCCUCGUUACUAUGGAUGGACUUAAUGAGUGGGCUGAUCAUUUGGAUCAGCACGUUAUACCUAGAAUACCAACCACUCACACAAAGUGCGUAUCGAUAAUAACAACAAGACCGUGGAAAAUGGCAGACGAGCGGAUCAAAUGUUCUGAAAUUGACAGACUACUUGAAAUUGAUGGGAUAACAGAGUCAGAACAGCUAUCAAAGCGAAUAAUACUCAGUCUUCAGAUUGGUAAUAACAUGUCACACACUGCAUUUAUGACGUACAUUAACGAACGUAACUUGAUGCAUUUUCUUACAUCGCCCUGGAUGCAGGAGUUAAUACUCAAUGUAUGGAUGAACAAAUCGGAUGUUAAGGGUUCAUUGUGUGAAAUACAUAGUAUUCUUCUAGACGUACUUUUUAAAAAGGCAAAGGCAACAAAGGGAUUCUUUAAAAACGGUUUCCCGAUAGAAUGUUUAUCAAGUUCGAGAUAUAUUAAGAAACAGAUCAAAAUAUUUGAUGCCGUUGCGAAUGCUGCGUUUCAAUUAAAGUUUUCAUCGAACAAAUCUCCGACAUUCAGUGAACGGGAAAUAAGGAAAUAUUUAUCUGAAGAACACUUGCAAUUUUGCCUCAACGCUGGCGUUUUGACGGCAAGGUGCAACUCAGUCAGAUUUGCACAGAGUCCCCAAUAUUCAUUUACACACGAGACAGUUCAUGAGUUCCUGGCAGCAUUUCAUAUCGCAAGUUUGAAGCAAGACAUUAUAGAGUAUUUCAAACCCGAACAUAAUUAUAAUGUGUUAGAAAUGAGCCAGACGAUUAUUUAUCUGUGUGGACUUCAUUGCGAGACAGCUUAUAAACUACUUAACCGUUUAGUUGACGGCGACUUCCUCAGCGACAUUUGCCACGGACUAAGCCUGUAUAUAAAGCGUUGUAAUGACACCUUAUCAGCAUUUCGAAGAGACAAUUACACAAAGGAAACCGUUCUUAAAGCAACACGUAAUGAGAUGGAUAACGAUGCAAGUUGUCUUGCAAUAUCAGUCUUGUUCCAGCAGAUGGUUAUAGCUGGUUUCAGUGAGGCAAAACUCAGUGGCCAGAAGGACAUUUGUCUAAAGUGUAGUGAUUUCACAUUUAAUAAAUAUCUGCAUGAGUCCGAGUCAGAUGCAUUAAAAGAACUGCUUAUUUUCAACAAGUCAAAUGUUCGGUCACUUAUAUUAGAAAGCAAUGUUUUAGAAGUAAGUGAAAUUCUGUCAGUCAUGCAACAGUCACAACAUAGUCUUGAACGUUUGAAGACUACAGUGACCCCGGAAAUGUAUAAAGCCUUACAUAAUUUGAACUUAAAAGAGCUGCAUUUUAUCGGACAAAUCGAAGAAUCAUCAUUGUCCCAUGUUCUUCCGUCCUUGUCUAACUUAAUGUAUUUAUGCAUUGAAGAUUCAAAUAUUUUGGAACGAACAGUUCUUCCUGGCACAAUACAAGAAAUAUGUUUGCUCAAAUCUACUUUUACGGCCAUGUUUCUUCAAUACUUACUAGUGGAUUUAUCAUCAUUAAAACAUACUGUUCAAUUGUAUUUGGAAUCUGUGAUUGUUACGGAUUUUAAUACGCAAAUAUUCUUGACAGAAUAUUUGUUAAACGACAUGACAAAUAUCCAUCUAGAUAUUGAACAUGGCAAUAAUGCCCUCUAUGAUACACUGCGUUGUUCAUCUAUUGGGACACUAGCCCUGAAUACGGCUGGUGAUGUCGUGUUAGCGUCAAAGAUUCUGAACACUCUUAAGAAAUUAAGAAAGCUUUAUUUGUGGGGGACUUAUAUUGAGCAAUAUGCUUUAAAGCUGCCGAAAACAUUGCAAUGCGUAUCUUUGCAGAAAGUAGAAUGUUCAGCUGAGUGGCUGUGCAAUUUGUUGAUCGCGCUUUCUUCAUUACAUCAUGAUGUAGAGUGUGAGCUGUGGGAUGUUGUAUUGCAGCCAUGUGAAUACGCUUGCGGAGACGAUUCCAAAACACAUGCACCUGAUUUGCGAGCGGAAUACCUGUCUCAUAUGACAAUUUUGGUGGAAAAUGGCACUGUUGAACUGUUUGAAAUAUUGCGUAAUACAAAUAUAGGGAAACUUGACCUGAGAACGGAAGAUUGUGCCUCGUCUGCGUCAACGAUUCUGUGUACUCUUAAGAGAUUGACAAAGCUUUAUUUGCGGGGAACUUAUAGUGGAAGAUGUACCUUGAAGCUUCCUGCAACAAUUCAAUGUAUGUGUUUGUAUGCAGUUGAAUGUUCAGCUGAGUGGCUGUGCAGCUUGUUGAUCGCGCUUUCUGCAUUAAAUCAUUCUGUAGAGUGUGAGCUGUGGGAUGUUGUAUUGCAGCCAUGUGAAUACGCUUGUGGAGUCGAUUCCCAAACACAUGUCUCUGAUUUGCGAUCUAAAAUAAUGUCAAUUAAUAUGUCCCAACUGACAAUUGUGGUCAUAAAAGGCAGUUUUGAACUGUUUGAAAUAUUACGUGAUACAAAUAUAGGGAUCCUGCACCUGAGAACGGCAGAUUGCACCUCAUUUGCAUCAGUGAUUCCGUAUUCUCUCAAGAAAUUGACAACGCUUUAUUUGUGGGGAACUUAUAGUGAGCGAUGUACUUUACCUUUGUCUGCUUCAUUAAAAUGCAUAUCAUUGCAGGAAGUAAAAUGUUCAGCGGAGUGGCUGUGCAGUUUGUUGAUCGCGCUUUCUGCAUUAAAUCAUUCUGUAGAGUGUGAGCUGUGGGAUGUUGUAUUGCAGCCAUGUGAAUACGCUUGUGGAGUCGAUUCCCAAACACAUGUCUCUGAUUUGCGAUCUAAAAUAAUGUCAAUUAAUAUGUCCCAACUGACAAUUGUGGUCAUAAAAGGCAGUUUUGAACUGUUUGAAAUAUUACGUGAUACAAAUAUAGGGAUCCUGCACCUGAGAACGGCAGAUUGCGCCUCAUUGGCAUCAGUGAUUCUGUAUUCUCUCAAGAAAUUGACAAAGCUUUAUUUGUGUGGAACUUAUAGUGAGCGAUGUACUUUACAGCUGCCUGCUUCAUUACAAUGCAUAUCAUUGCAGGAAGUUGAAUGUUCAGCGGAGUGGCUGAGUGGUUUGGUGAUCGCGCUUUCUUCAUUAGAUCAUUCUGUAGAGUAUGAGCUGCAGGACUUUGUAUUGCAGUCACGUGCAGACGCCCGUGGAGACGAUUUCAGACGAUCUCGAAAUCGGAUACAUUUAUCUGAUUUACGGUCACUUGGUGUUGAACUGUUUAAAAUUGUGCUGAUAACACCAGAUUACGACACCAAGCGCCAUGGACGUAUAUUUUAAAUGGCAAUGGUGUGUUCUCUCAAAAUUGUUUUUUUUUCUGGUAUCGCAUUCACGUGAUUGUUAUUGAGAUGUGGUUAUUAAAGCGCCAAGUUUAUGUUAUAAACAGCGGUGACAUUGCGCUAUUUCGAUAGACGCGCAUAUUGUGUUUACUUAUUUUCAAUGUAUAUAUUUAUACUUUUGUGUUCUGUUAGUUUAUUUUUUAUAAAUGUACAACCAUGUUUUCAUCUGAAUUUGUACAGAAAUCAGUUUACUAUCGAUAUUGAGAACUAUUCUCAUGUAAGUACUAUGUUACUAAAUAAAAGUUUUGUAAAUAAUAUUAUUUGUCAACGUUACAUCAAUGUUUUAUUUUGAACGAUUCCUUACAAAGUAUAGCCCAAAGGCGAAUUUUUGUCUACCUACACAAGGCUUAUUGUAAAUUAAUCAAAAUUCUUAUUGGGUUUAAACUUACGAGUAUGCCACGUUAGUUAUGUAACUGAGCCUAAGGAACAUAUUUCCCAAAUCAUUUCAUAGUUCGUUCAUUGCGCGUGUAGAUGAUUUUUAUUGUUAAAUGAUAAAGAUCUUAAAAGGUGUGUAUUUUUUCUCUUGGCCUUUUAUUUACUUUAAUCAUGUUCAAAUUUCGUCAUGAACAUUAUAUGAUUUAUGUUUUUCACUGACCUGAAGGCCGUCUUGUUUAUUAUGUAAAUGCAUUGUUAACAGUGUGUAUAUAAUGUAUAUACAAUACAAACACCUAUAUUAUUUAAAUUCAAAUUGUAUAUGAAAAGUUAUUAUUAUUAUAAAUAUGCAUUAUACAUAUAACACUUUUUAUUCUUGCUAUCAUCAUGUAGUCGAAAACCAAACGUUCGGAAUACGGUCAUAUCCAUUUACUGAACAUUCGCUUUCAGUCAUAGCAUUAAUCGCAUCAAAUACUGUUACACUUUCCGUUAUGUAUCGACAUUUAUUUACUUUGUAACGUUAAUUCGAAAAGAUGUCAUUGCUUAUUCCGUUGUUUCCUUAUUGUUAAAAAAUUAUUCACAUUAUUAACAUUUUUUAUGUUAUUAUUUUAUUUUUUUUGGCUUUUGCUUAAAAUAUAUGUGUUGUAUGCUAUUAUUUACAUUCCGAUACGUGUUUUAUAAUAAUUAGAACUGCAUACAAUCAUUAUUUGUAUAACCGAACUUCAUCUCACUGCGUAUAUGUAUUUAUGAUAUGAUUGUCUUUUGCGAAAAGCAUGUAUUGCUGAUUAUGCAAAUAAAUAAACCGUAUUAUUAUAUUGUGCGCUUGUAUAUUAUAAUUGUUUAAGAAAUUAUUACUUCAAAACAAUCAUUGUGUUUACAGUUCUAAGUGUGCGUAAUUUGAAACGGUUACUUAUUUUAUUUUUUGAAGCUUGUGUACCUAUACAAUAAAUUUAUGUGUUAACAUAUAAAUGCGUUAUUCGAAUUUGCUUAUAGCAUAUACAUGUGCUACUUUUCAAACAUAGACUAUUGAAAAAUGGUUUAGAAAUGUGUUACUUUUAAUUGUUUUGUUUUGUUAUAUGCCCCGUGCAAUGCAUUCAUGUAUAGCAUAUGCAUGUAGGCUGAGUGCUACUUAUCAAACAUAGACUAUUGAUAAAUGGUCUCCAAAUGAGUGUUUGUUUCAAUUGUUUUGUUUUGUUACAUGUCUCAUUCAAUGAAAUGUUGAUCAUUUACAACAUGAUUUUGAAACGUUACGAUUGCAAAGCCUGUAUUGGCAAGAAUUCAAUAUACAAUUGAUAAAUUGCAAGUUAAUUAUACUAUCAAAUAGUACCUGUAAAAUAUAGUUUGCAUUGUAAUAACAUAAACUACUGUCAGUUCAUCUUAUAAAUUGUCUAAUUUUCCAUUUAUACUUGUAUUGCGUUUCAAAUAUUGUUGUAGCGAAGGAUGCUAUAGAUUGCUUUAUUAAUAGUGUGAAUGUAUACUACGCAUUCUUAUUGAUUGCACGUUAAUGCAUAUGCAGCUUAAUUUUCUUUUGACAUUCUGUCACUGCAAACGUUUAUGUAGCAAAAUUCGUAAAUAUGUUAAUAGUUUUGGUAGAAUUAACACUCAUCGGCCUACUGAAUAUCUGUUGUAAAUGCGUUCGUCUUCAAAAUAUUAAACUAUUAAUUUUAAUUAAAAUAAAAUAUUUGACACUUACGCUUUUUAUAGGCCUAUGAAACAAAGAUGUAAAGCAAACAUGUAUAUAUGUAUGAAAUAAUUUGCUUGCAUAUAUUUUUGUUAAGCUACAUUGUAUAUUACUAUAAAAUAUGCAUUGAGAUAAUAUGAAUAAUAUAUUGUUUGCACAAGUAUUGAAUUGUCUAAAUUGCAUAAGGUCAUUUACAUAUUGUUUGCACAAGUAUUGAAUUGUCUAAAUUGCAUAAGGUCAUUCACAAUUCCAUAUUUCACAAUUGUAUCAGACAGGUAGAAAAACUGACUUUGUGAAGAUCGUUGAAUAUGGAAUAAAUGAGUAUUAAAGGGAUUUUUUACAUAUUAUAUUAAUGUUAAUUUCUGUAGAUUACCAUGUACUCCAAAUUACAAAUCAAGUAUAUGUUUUCUACUAUUAUUGUUAUUUUAUACUUUAAUAUGAUCGUUAACUAUGGUAAUACAAAGAAUAUGUGAAAGGACAACUUACAAGUAAUACUUGUGUAGCAGUUUUAUUUGUUUAAUUUUAAUGUAUAAGUUGCCAUUGAAUAAAACCAAGUAUAUAACAGUCUUGUUUUAUUCUAACAUUUCCUUUCUUUUGUGCAUGUCGAAUUUACUUUAUAAGUAUAUAAUCGUAUUUAUUUUCUUACGCAACGUAUUUCUUAUUUAUUUGUGGACAUUGAUUUUAUAAUUAGAACCAUAUUGCUCAGUAUAAAUGCAUUUUACUGUUGUGUCGCACUAUACGUCUCUUACUGGACGUCCGUUCGAAACUUGUGUAACUCAAGUCUCUAUACCUAAGGGUCAAGGUCAACUUAGAGGUAACAUUUGGCCAUAAAACACCUGUUAAAUACCUUUCUCAGCAAUACUUUCACAAUAAAUAAAUGUUUUGUUCAUGUUCCUUGGCACAAAUUUAAACCAUUUACGGAUGACUUGUCUCCUGUAACAUUGCACUCCAUACCUCAAAGUUUUAUGUCAAACUUACUGGUCAAAGGUGAAAAUUGGCCUUUACAAGCGCAAGAUUUCUUGUCUCAGCACACUUCUUUGCUAAUAUUCAUGGACUUAAAGAAAGUUGGCAUAAACAUAGACCAUCAAACGACAACGUGUCGUGUGUACCGCAAAUGUCUAUGGUCCAAGGUAAAAUCUCAAAUCUGGUCAUACAACACUUUGUAAGGGCUGCGACCAGACCUAUUGUCAUGCAAUUAAAAAAAUCCACUAACCACAAUAAGGAGACGAUAUGUCGCCUGUAUAACCCAUCAGCGGAUACCAGAGGUCAAUUCACAAUUUAAGGUUAAAAUACAAAUUUGGUCAAACAGCAGCUUAUGUAUUGUAUGUGUUGAGUUUUGAGACCGAAGUUGACUUUUUGAGAUCCGUGACUUUGGAAACUUUCUUUUUUAUAUAUUUUGAAGCAUUUCAGUUUGUGUUUAACAUUUUAUGUGUGACAUGUUGCUGUAGUUUCAAAUUUCAUGCUUGAAUGGUAUCUUAUUGGCAACUUGUCCCUAAUACACAUACGUUCACUAUGUGUUAUAAGGUCAAGUAGCAAAAUCCACUUACAGAUUCGACUGAUUCAGUGCCCCUAAAUAACACAACAUUAAUAUUAUAAUACCAUUUGUUUUACUAUGGAUAUUUUAAAGGGGCUGAAACCCAUUGUAUAAAACAUGAUUUAAAGCAAAAGAACAAACUGCUUUCCGAAAACGAUAUCCGUCCGAUUUUCUUUCAUUUACAAACAACAGGGUGCAUAAUCAACGGGGUUUACACAUGGGCUGGACAGAAUGCAAUUACAGCGUUGAAAACUUUAUUUUUUUCAAAUAUGUAAAUUAAGUGAAAUACAUUUGCAAAAAUGUUUACAGGCUUUUUAAAUUAAGUUAUUCGGAUGUAUUUAACAUUGUCAUAAUCAGCAUACAAAUAUGUAUUGUAUGCACUAGUUGAAAUUGUUUUAAAAAGUUAUAUGACAGAGGCACUACUUACCGUUGUGUUUAUAUCCAUUAACGUUUCAUUGGGAGCCCUGAAAAGUCACGUGAUCCUACACCCUGAUAAUGAAGAGAUGUUGCAU